AUGGCAGACUUCUUCUCCAACCAAAGAAAAGACCUACCCAUUGCCCUCGAGACCAAAGACGUCAAGGACAAGACUUACAUUGUGACCGGCGCUACUGGUGGCCUCGGCUAUGAGGUCGCCAAACGCCUUGUCCAACUUGAAGCCGCGAAGGUGGUUAUUGGUGUGCGCAACGAAGAGAAGGGCGAAUUUACAAAGACGACCAUUGAGAAAGAAGCUGGUCGUAAGGAUGUCAUUGAAGUGUGGCCCCUGGAUCUGGCCUCGUACGACUCCGUCAAGGCUUUUGGCAAGAGACUGGAGACGAUCGACCGUAUCGAUGCUCUUGUUCUGAACGCUGGCGUCUCCCACGCUGAGUGGCAGGUCAAGGAGGGCAGCGAGGCUCAUAUGACGGUCAACUUCAUUUCCAACCUUCUGUUGACCUUUGAAGCUCUUCCAAUUCUUCAGGCCAGCGCGAGCAAGCACGACAUCAAGCCUCGCAUUGUCGUUGUUGGCUCAAUGGGUGGAUUCUUUGCCUUUGAGAGCAUCAGGAAGUUCCCCAAGACGGGCAUUCUCGACGACCUCAACGACAAGGCCAAGUGGAAACCCCUGUUUGAUAAUCGAUACCCCGUGUCCAAGCUGUUUGAGCAUUUUGCCGUGCGUGAAUUAGCUUCCCAGAAGCCUGUUUCCGAAACCGGUGUCAUUGUGAAUGUCGUUGAUCCUGGGCUGUGCAAGACUGAGCUUAACCAUGAGCUGGGUCUCUUUACGCGCUUCAAGGCGUGGUGCGCAAAGUUGAUAAUGGGACGGAGUGCUGAGAUGGGCAGUCGGACGCUGAUUCAUGGCAUUGCGGCUGGUGAGGAGAGUCAUGGAAAGUAUCUCACGUCUUGUGAGAUUCGAGAAGAUCAUAUUCCGGAGUGGGCAACCAAUGAAGCCGGCCAAGUGCUUCAGAAGCAAGUCUGGACAGAGCUCCUUGAGAAAUUAGAAAAGAUUCAGCCUGGUGUUGUGACUACUGUCAUUCACGAUUAA